AUGACCCAUAGUUGCAACUCUCAAGUUUUGCUUAAGCGGUUUUCGAAUCUCAGAGUAGAGGGGCUUGUGAUGUUCAGCAUGCCUUUAUUAGUGAAAGCAUUACCCAUUGGUUGCAUAGUUCCUCCUUUCCUUUCAUCCCCUUCUCAAUUGUGGGUACUAACCUGUAAGUUGAAUGUACCAGUUGAUUUAUCAAGAUUCUUGAAAGAGUAG